AAUAGCAUUGAAGAAAUAGGAGUUGCCAAUGUCCUCAAAUCAUAUAAUUGGAACACACGGCUUCUAAAAUGCGUAGGAGUUUGGCCAUUACAGAUCUAUGAUCCGAUUUUUCUUUUCUUUUUCCUAUAUCUUUCGAUUCAUUGUUCUUUAACAUUCGCACAUUUGAUUUUCUCUCCAAAAACUGUCGACAACGUCGUAUCGAACAUAUCGGAAAAUAUCAUUCUAUCGAUGACUCUUACAAAGAUAACAAUCACUAGAAUCAACAGGGAAUCCUUGGGUAAAUUACUGAUAGAUGUCAAAGAAGAUUCAUUGUCUGAAAAAUACAAAAGUAAGGACGAGAAAGAGAUAUUCUACAAGUAUACUAAAUUACCACCUCGUUUUAUACUAACAGCGGUCAUUUCAAUGACACUUGCAAUAUUGUUAUAUUACGUGAAUGGACUUAAGAUUGGACUUCAAAUUGCGAAGCAAAACAAUUCCAUGGGUUAUCAAUUGCCAUAUAAAGUAUUAGUAAUCAUCGAUUUGAGUGAUAGUAGGAUAUACGCGUUGCUCUGUGUUUAUCAGACAAUGAUCAUACCUUCUAUCGUAUUUGGUUACGUAGGAUUCGAUUGCAUGUUCGUCAACUUGUCCACUCAAAUAGUCGCACAAUUCGCCAUAUUAUCUCACAAGGUGAAAGAAAUAUUAAAUAAUCCUGAAAAUUAUCAUGCGGGUAUGAAGAAACUUGUACUACGACAUUAUCGAUUGAUAAGAUUGGCGGAAAGAUUGGAAAAUAAUUUUAACAUUGUGAUUAUGCAGCAACUAUUAGGUACCACCAUACAUCUUUGUAUUUCCGGUUACCACUUAUUAAUGAGUAAAGAAACAAAAGAUAAUAUAACAUUAGUCAUGUUCAUUUUGUACAGCUUUUGCGUGAUAAGUACACUUUUUAUUUACUGUUUCAUCGGCGAAUGUCUUAUUCAGGAAAGUACCAAUUUUGGUAACGCCAUUUAUAAUUACGAGUGGUAUAACUUACCGGCAACGAACUCGAAAUUUUUACUUAUUUGUAUGAUACGAACAAAAAAGCCGCAAUAUUUAACGUCUGGGAAAUUUGUCGUUUUGUCUUUGACCAUCUUCACAGACAUUGUCAAAAGUUCAAUGGGAUAUUUGUCGGUAUUACGAACAUUUUUAUGAAUAGGACGAAAGUAAAAUGGAUUAAGUAGUAAAAAUUUUUAUUUUCUUUUUUUUAUAUCGAC